GGGGGCCGCUGGGAAACGCCGUCGCGAGACGCGCGCACGCACGGCGCAGGCGCGCUACGGCCCGGUCCCCGCAGGGCAGCCGCGAGCUUCGGAGGCGGAGCGGUUCAGCCCGCGUGCGCGCGAGCCGGGGAGAGGAGCAGGGGCUUUCAAGGGCCAUCAUGGUGCACCUUGCUCAUCUCCUUAUGAAAAAUUAUCAUGGAGGACACGUAGCUAUCCGACUGGCUCUUGGUGGUUGUGCCAACAGACCCUUCUUCCGUAUAGUGGCCGCAUAUAACAAGCGAGCACGGGACAGCAAGUAUUUGGAGCAAGUGGGCUGCUAUGACCCACUCCCAAAUAGCCACAAUGAAAAGCUUGUUGGCUUGAACAUCGAGAGAAUCAAACACUGGAUUGGUUGUGGAGCACAUGUCACAAAACCGGUUGAAAAACUUCUAGGUCUUUCUGGAUUUUUCCCAUUGCAUCCUAUGACAAUCACAAAUGCAGAAAGAUUAAGGAAGAGAAGAGCCUUGAAAGCCAUAACAGCUUCUGAGGAAGAAACUCCAGGUGACUGAUAACAUCUAUCUGAACUGAAUUACUCAAAAGAUUACGGUACAGACAAUGAUCAGAGCAGUGUACCAACUAAAAGGGACAAUAUAUUUACUACAGGCAAAGAAACGAUAGUGGAUGUGAAUUAUUUCAUAAGAACAUUAAAGUAUUUUGAGGCUUUAGGAGUCCUCAGACAAGGA